AUGCAAUUAAUAUAUCUCGUUCUUUUUCUUGCAUUGAUUCCAACGAUAACCACUCUCCAGUGUUAUCAAUGCAAUUCACUUGAAGAUGCUGCCUGCGCAGAUGCCGAGGGUGACAACUUGGCAAAAUUUGCACAAAACUGUCCUCAACCAUCGUCAGCCGAUUUAUAUUGCCGUAAAAUUGUUCAAAUAGUCAAUAAGGAAAAGAGUAUUGUUCGAUCAUGUGGUUUGAAAAAGGGAACGAAGGACUGUUAUAAAACAGCUGGAGUAAAUCAUGCAAGCGUUUGCUCAUGUCAAGGGGACCUUUGCAAUAGCGCACCAUCUUCCAAUCGACAACAACAAUGGAUGACGAUUGUUUCAUCCAUCAUGGUUGUAGCUGUUUCAAUGAUUUUCGUUCGUUAA